UACAUAAUUUUAGUACAGUUUAUAAACUGGUUUCACUUACAUGAAGUUGCAUCAAACGUAGAAUAGUGAUUUCAAAAGCCCGGCAACAACAUAUACUACAAUAAAUCCGGUGGGAUGCUACGUCACAAUCGUGAAUAAUAUUGGCGCGAAUCGUAGUAGUUUAUGCGAUCUUGUUCUCGUCAUUUCGGUGAUUGUAAUUUAAUUAAUUGUUAGUUAACGUCAUGGGUAUCUUAGGUUUAUCAAAACUAAUAGCUGAUAUAGCACCGCAUGCUAUUAAGGAACGAGAAUUGAAGCAUUAUUUCGGUCGUAAAGUAGCCAUAGAUGCAUCUAUGUGUUUGUAUCAAUUUCUUAUUGCCGUUCGAAGCGAAGGUGCUCAGUUAACAACAGUCGAUGGUGAAACAACAAGUCACUUAAUGGGCACGUUUUAUCGAACAAUACGCUUGGUAGAGAAUGGAGUAAAACCUGUAUACGUAUUCGAUGGAAAACCUCCAAACUUGAAAGGCGGUGAAUUAGCUAAACGUGCCGAAAAGAGAGACGAAGCACAAAAGCUUUUACAAGCUGCACAAGAAGCUGGGAAUGUCGAGGACAUGGAAAAGUUUAACAGGCGGUUGGUAAAAGUUACGAAAGAGCAUGCAGAAGAAGUUAAACAAUUGUUGCAGUUAAUGGGUAUUCCUUACGUCGAUGCACCGUGCGAAGCCGAGGCUCAGUGCUCUGCUUUAGUAAAAGCUGGUAAGGUUUUUGCAACUGCCACUGAAGAUAUGGACGCGCUUACUUUCGGAUGCAAUGUAUUGCUACGGCGAUUAACAUUCAGCGAAAGCAGGAAAAUGCCUGUACAAGAGUUUCAUUUUGAUAAAGUAUUAGAAGAUCUUGAACUAAAUCAUGACGAAUUUAUUGAUCUUUGUAUAAUGUUGGGUUGUGAUUAUACAAGCAGUAUUAAAGGCGUUGGGCCAAAAAGAGCCAUUGAGUUAAUUAAAACACAUAGAUCGCUCGAGAAGAUCAUAGAAAAUAUAGAUCUGAAAAAGUUCCCAAUACCAGAGGAUUGGAAUUAUAAGCAAGCUCGAAUAUUAUUUCAAGAGCCCGAAGUGUUGGAUCCUAACGAAAUUGAUUUAAAAUGGACAGAACCCGACGAAGAAGGUUUAGUUGCGUACUUAUGCGGCGAUAAGCAAUUCAAUGAGGAAAGAGUAAGAAACGGAGCAAAAAAGUUAUUUAAAGCACGAAAUACUUCUACUCAAGGUAGAUUAGAUACAUUCUUUAAGGUUUUACCAAAUUCAAAUCCUAUUAAACGUAAGACUGAAGAAAAAGUUGGAACAGUUAAAAAAGCUAAGAAAGGUGCAACAGGAAAACCACGUGGAAGAAAACCAAAAUAAUUUGUUAUAAAAGACUGGAGGUUUUUUAUAUUCGGAUAAAAUCGUUGUGAAUAAU